UCAAGAUGGCGGCUCUCGCAAGGGGAACGCAAAUUGGUUCUCGUCUGAUGACCUUUUUACAGCGCAAUUCUCCCCGAUUGAAAACGCAUAUUCCUGCAUUACCCGUGCGAAUUUACAGUUCCACAAGUAAGAAAGUAAAUCAGUCAGAAUAUAUCACUGGUAAGCGAACAGAAGUGGACGAAGAAAGAAUCCAAGAAAUUAUAAGGGAAGGCGAGAAAGCACCGAGUCUCACAGACCCGAAUGACCCGAGCUAUGUUUCACACGGCUUCAGCGAUGACCCCUACAUUGAUCUGUGGUCCUAUCGCUUAAUCUUCUUUGUGGCAUUCUCCCUCAUUAUGGUGAUUGGCCCACUGUAUAUACACUACCUCCCAGAAAGCAAUGGUCGCUUGUGGGCACGUAGAGAGGCGGAGUUAGUCAUCGCCGAACGGAGGAAGAAGGGCCUGCCGCUGAUCAAAGCCGACCUCUGCAAUCCCGAGAAACUGGUUCUGCCAUCUGAUGAGGAGGAGGAAAGGUUGUACAAGAAAGUCAUGGGCUAGAAGAUCCCAUUGGUUGAAUUUGACGUGUCGCUGCUCACAGAGUGAUGCCUGUGUCCAAUCAUUGUGACUGGUACUCGUCCAAAAUUCAAGGAACAAAAUUAAGAAGGAAAAGAUAUGUUAUUUCCAUGGCGAAGGCCAGAUGGUCUUCUAUGUAUAUGUAUGCAUGUACUGUACGUGUGCAACUGCAUGCAGUCACACUUUGGUACUGCAAACUCAACUUGCAGUGUUCCUAUCAUGCAUAGUAUUAGUUUACUUCUGUUUUCCUACGUGUAGGUUAAAUACAUUGCAGUUACGUCUGCGUUUGCACUGUUCAAUUCUUUUGGAGAGAAUGUUGUUUGAAAGCCCAUCGGGAAUGAUUGAAUUGUUUGGCAAGUUCUUGUCGACUCCAGGGAAAUUUGCUCAUGCCCUCACGGACCUCAUUUCAGGUUUUUCUUAAACAAAAAGAUUUCAUUUUGAAACAAAACACAAUUUAAAUAAUAAUGUACAUUCAGUACCAUUACCUUAAUUCUGUUUUAAUUUUUUUGUUUGGUGAAACUUCUUUUUGUUUGUGAAUUACGAUUGGUGAGGUCGGUAACAGUCUGACCAAAUUUCCACUUGUGCAUAGAAUUGCUCUCCUGUAGCAAAGAUAAGAGAUUUUGGCAUGAAAGACAUCUUGAAAUGUAUGUCCUGCCAACUCCCGUUUGACCAGAGGCAGCAUUAUCUUUGCCCCCCCUUUUAAGAUGCACCUGCCACAAACUGUCAAGAUGUAACUGUCAACAAAAGCUGUACGGCUCACAACAUGACAGUUCAGAAAGUUUAAUCAACAAUAUAUUUCUUGCAUCAUUGCACCUGUCUGUGUCCAGUCAUAUUUAUAUUUAGGAACAUGAGGAGGAACAUGAGCUAACCAUUAGAAUCAGAGUCAGAAUUUUCUCAUGUUUAUGUUUUUUUUAAAGGCUCUUUAAAUUGACUUUUUUCUUUUUGUCGAAAGACUGAAGGAUUUCUUUGCUGUCCUUAUCAGUGAGCAUGAUUGUUGGUCGAAGUCACACCAGUGCGGUUUUAAUUUAUGGGAGCUUUAUUCUGCAAGAGAUAUGGUUUAAGUGCAUUACACUGUUGGUGCUCAGGGCUCACUUUCAUUUGCGCCAGCUACGCUGUGUUGACCUCUCCUACUCACAGAUCCAACACCAGGAAUUGCAUGCCCGUUCCUGUGCCCUGGCCAGCCCAACAUCAAGGGGAUGAAUACCUUUGUUGAGAAGUCCAGACUUCGGACAAAAAAAAAAUUGCCCUGUAAUGUAGUUGGUCCCGACAUCCAUCCAUUCCAACACAUCGUCUCCACAAAUAGGGAAAUUAUAGUUGUUCUCUGUGUGCAUAACAGUACAGUGCCCUCACAGUUCACAAGCUUCUCCGGUGAAAUGCACAGAAGUCCAGCUCUGAAAUUCCACAUGCAGUCCCAUCGGUCAUUCGAGCUCCAUUUUCAAUGGAUAAUAAUCAAGAUUCCAUUUCUGAAAGCAGCUCUGCCAUUGGGCACUGCUGACGAGGGAUAGUAAUGUCAGAAAUACCUGCUGCCAAACUGCUGCAUAGUUGGCAGAAUUUGAGUACCAUAGAAAUGUGAUAGUUGCAUCACAAGCGGAUCCGUGUAAUGUAAAAAAUGUUAGAGAUUCCGAGUUGCGUUUGAGAUUAAAGUAAUUUUGGAUUGAAAGUAA